UUCUCUGCAUGCUGUACCCAUGUAUAUAAUUCUCAUCUCUUUAUCACAGGACGCCCACCAGUUAUUAUUAAACAGCCCUCUGAUGUUGUAGCUGAGAAAAACUCACCAGCUGACCUUGAAUGUGGUGUCUUAGAACCUUCCAAAUCCACGAUCCAUUGGCUUCAUAAUGGUGUAAAAGUUGAAGAUCACACAAAGAGAGUAACCAUGGAUGAUGGAAGCUUACACUUUUUUCGAGUGACAAGAAAUCGUAAACGGACUCAUGCAGGCAUUUACCAGUGUGUGGCAUCCAAUUCUUAUGGCACUACCAGAAGCAGAAAUGCAUCUUUAAUAGUCGGAAGUGAGUUAUUUUAUAUAUAUAUAUUUUUUACAAUAUUGCUUUUUACAUUUUCCAGUUAGAGAGUAAAGAGUACAAUGUAGAAAUCAUAAUGGUUGUCUUCAUUUGGGUUCCAAAAGCUCAGAAACUUCCAGUUGUGGUUGGUUGAACACAGGGAUUAAAACAAGAAAAGUGUUCAUUGUUUCAAAUUUUUGACUGGCUGCAAAGUUUGACCAGCCACAUUGUGCACAUGGAACUGUUCAAUAUUUUCACUUUGUUUUUGGGAACUUUGAAUGGCCAGGCAUAUAAAUUUUGGUGCAAUUAAGGUGGUUCCAUUUGAAAGUAGCACCUAAAUGCACAAAUGUUCGGCUGGUCAAAAAUUUGUCUGGUGCUUUGUGAAUUUAGCCUGAUUUUAACAGCAUGUAUUCUAUCAACCAGCUUUCAAGUCCACCUUCCGAUCUGAACCUAAAAACCAAAGCGUCUUUACUGGUGACACCGUGGUCCUUACCUGUUCUCCUCCAAAAGGGCGUCCCCUGCCUACAGUAUCCUGGCUACAUGAUUGGCAGGUGAUUUCAAAUAGUAGUAGAACAGUCAUUUCACCAAAAGGAAACCUGACAAUCUCUUCAGUUACUAAAGCCGACCAAGGAUCUUACGUGUGCAGAGCAGUUCAUCAACUUGGGACACGAAACAGCCAGCAAGCCAUUCUUACUGUUAAAGGUACUCUUCCUUGAAUGACAUAACACUGUCUUAGAUAUGCAAAAAAAGAUCUUCUUCCCACGCCGUUUAGGUGGGAUCCUGUUUUGAAUACUUGAAUUCCCAAAGCAUAGACUGAAAAGUUGAAAAGAAAGGUUUAAAUUUUGUUGUCUGAUUAGUAGUUGUGGAAAGCACAUUUAUGUCACUCCAAAGUCUCUUAAGACAGAAUCUGUCACGAAAUUGAGUAAUUUUAAUUUUCAGCGGACAAAAAUCUUGUACCAGAAUAAUUUAAAGCAUAUCACAUGCUUUUUUUUACUUUUUUCAAGGGCUAAAGAUGUAAUUAGUCAUCUGUAAUAACACCAAAGAAAAUUUCUUAUGAAAGCCCAACAAAAUAACUGUCAAUACUCACAAAAUGACAUCUUAUAUAUGAAACAUAAUUCAGAAUUUUACCUGUGUUUUCACAAUUCUUGUGAAAUUUGAAAUUUAUUUUCUCGGACUCCCAUAAGAAAUUUUCUUUGGUGUUACUACAGAUGACUUACUACAUCUUUAGCCCUUGAAAAAAAUUCAGGUAAAAAAAGAAUGCAAUAUUCCUUAUAAAUUAUUCUGGUACGAGGUUUUUGUCCACUAAAAAUUAAAAUUACUCAAUUUCCUGGUGGAUUGUGUCUUAAUCUCUCUCUCAUUUUUUUUUUACUUUCAGAGUUUGUAAAUCCCCUAACUGUCAUACCAUCUCAGCAAGUUGCCUACAAGGGGAAUACCACAACAUUUCAGUGUAACUAUGAAGGUGGCUCACAAGAUGACGUGACAUGGCAAAAAAAGGAUGGAUUGCUACCCAGCGGGCGGCAUGUUAUUGAUAAGGGCCAGCUAAAAAUAACAGAUGUUGAUUUUAAAGAUGAGGGAACUUAUGUUUGUAAAGCAACUAUUGGACCAAGAGUACUGACUGCUGAAGCUACCCUGGACGUUCAGGGUAAGUAUCAUUCAAGGCAGCAUGGCGAAGCGUUCAGAGUGCUGGCCUUGGGAUCCUGAGGCGCCAAUUUGAAACCUACUCUGAAAACUUGAUAGCCUGAGAAAACAGCCAACAUUUGGCAAUGCUACCACUGGUUUCCCCGCCAAACGACGUGUGGAAACGAGGGCAGAAAUUCCAUACUGAUGACGUGUCACUACUUAGAUCUGGGUAGUGCUUCUGAUUGGUCGUGCCGUGUAGGAAAUUUGAUUCAACCAAUGUCAUUUGGCAGGGAAACUGUUGGUGGCAUCACCCAAUGUCAGCUGUUUUCUCAGGGUAACCACUUGCUGGAUUGUUCCUGGUAGUCCCAAGUUGAACUCCUCAACCACACUUUGAAACAGUAAUAAUGAUUGUAUUUAAGAUCAGGCCCUGGAUAAGGAAUUAGAAUUUCUCUGCACUCUCUAUAAAUCACCAUCCUGGAAAUAUGCAGCUCCAGCUAUUAUUCCCACCUACCACGGUGACCUUAGUGGAGUAUAGCAUGCGUAGACAAUUUGCAUAUUAUUUUUCUAUCCCCCAUAGGCACUAGAGAAAAGCUGAGCAGCAAGUGAAAUGUCUGUAUCUCUUAUCUACCCAAACAUUGGAUUAAAGAUUUAUUAUUCUGCUUCAUGAAAUCACUUCAAACUUUCUUUUUCCCAUCCCUCCAUUGUUUGCUUAGUCCUCCUUUGGCAGAGGAAAGCUGUCUAAUGGGUUUGUUACAGUGCAAUUCAGGAUUUUAGUAUAUUACUACAGCGCUCGACGUUGCGACCUUUGGGGUCGCCAAUGCGACCAGGUUUUACUCAGUGGCGACCAAAUUUUCAUGCCUGGUCAUCAACCUGGCCCCCAAGAAAGGUGACUUUCUUCUUUGGGAAAACUUACACUAAUGAUAAUCCAUUGUCCUUCACAAAACUAACGGAUGGCUAACAGUUUUUCUAACGCUCUAACGUUUUGCCCAAACACUAUAAUGGUUUGUUUAAACCCUCUAACAAUUUGUCUAAACGCUUUAACGAUUUCAACACUCUAACGGAUUAUUCUUAUGAUUUCCUUAACCUUAAGCUUGAAUACCUGUUUAAGGAGAUUUACGCUUGAGUGUGGGCUCAUUUCCCCAAACACUGGCUGGUAAUCGAGCCUCAAGCGCAAACCGUUCGAAAGAAAGUUCAAUAGGAAGUCUUAAGCACUCUUUUUCUGUUAAGGCCAAGUGAAAGAUUUUAAGUUUAUUGUAUUGUAUUAAUUCUGAAAUAUAAUUUUUGCGACCAGAAUACUUGUUCUGGCAACCAAAAAUGAAAACUUGGGGUCAGCUGGCCCCAAAUUUUUUUUCUGAAAGUCGAGCACUGUACUAUGUAGUACAUCUACCUUGGUGUGUUUUGUGUGACCUCCUCAUUUCUUGUAUGGUAAAAGGGACAGGUAAGGGGUGGAAUACGAAGAUUUUGAUAAGUGAAUUCAUUUACCAUCCUUCUUUCUUUCAGCCAAAGCAAAGAUAACAGAAGGUCCCAAAGAUGUGAUUGUCUUUGAAGGCAACUCUACCAAGUUUAGUUGUGUCGCUCAAGGUGACCCCCAGCCAACAGUCUUCUGGCAAAUGAAAAGACCAGAUUCAAGGCCAAUGUUUCCAAACGAAAAUUAUCAAGGUCACUUCUUUGUAUCAAAAUCCGGUGAACUUGAAAUUAUCGACAUAAGGAAAGAUGAUGAGGGCGUCUACGUUUGUUUCGCUGUAAGUCCGAAUGGAAUCACUGAAGCAAAAGCACAACUGACUGUCAUUGGUAGGUUUGAUAUGUUAUUGCUUUGUGCCUCUUUGUUAAAACUAGUUGGGAUCAUUCAAGGCUGUGCUCUAAGAAAAAUUGAACGGGAGCCCAGUGCUCUGAACUUGUGACACAAUCCAGGUCAGCAUAUGAUUUCUGUGGGGAAAAAAAAAACAAUAAGGUAUGUUCAUUUGUAGCAUACACAUAUAGCCAUUACACUUGCCAGUAGAGAUUUUUUGAAUUACAUGUAAGCUCAAAAACCCUAAAAAAUUUCAGAGGUCAAAUGUGACAGUUAUACACGUACACCGCAAACGAAUCCACUGAAGAUUUCUUAGGUGCCCAAGAGUACAAUAUGUUAGUUGCUGGGGCCACCAGGUACUGCUAGAGCACAACCUUGUAGUUUGUUGCACCUGCCGUUGUGCAGGUCAACUCUUAGUAUUGAAAACAGAAAGUAAUUGACAUGGAUGAAAAGGAAAGCACUACAUUGAAUAUUAUUUGUUUUAACCUUGCGUGCUAAACAGGGUCCAUGGCUCUCUCCUGGUUAAUCAGCCAAUUUAGAGUAGUUUUUUGUGUGUUUGUUUGUGUUCUACCUUUUACCCAGUGGCUUGCUUACUUCAAACAUGAUAGUACUAACAGGUUAUUCAUAAUAUUAUGUGCAAGUAUCUAUGUUUACAGUAUGUUAUCUUAUGGCCAUCAUUUUGAAUCCGUAUGUGCUCCAUAAUAGGGCCAUUUAUAUGAGGAAAAAUAGGACGCGUCUUACAUAAGACGCGUCUUAAAUAAGACGCGAACUUUCCAUAUAAACAGCACAUUUCGUCUAAAAUAAGACGCGGCUUAGCUAAGACGCGUCUUAUUAGAUAAGACAUGCUCGUAUAAAUGGUACAGUUCGUGUCUUAUUUAAGACGCGUCUUAUGUAACACGCGUCUUAUUUUUCCUCGUAUAAAUGGCCCUAUUAUGUCUCUACAACCACGUGCACAUCAAUGAUACAUGUUACAAAAGCAGAAGGUGAAAGUCAAACUUUCAAUGUCACUGUUUCGUCCAAAACCUAUCUUGCACCAGGAACAAGAGCCUGCAUAUUGCUUGCCGUUUAAACAACGUUUUUGGGUAGUUCUGCCUCCUUUUGGCCAAAUAGUUAGAGAAAAAAGCUUGAGUAGGGUUUAAGUCUGAGCAUUUUUUUUUUUUGGGGCGGGGGGAGGGGAGGAAUUUCUAGUGGCAGGUGGAUCAAACCAUGUGUUAUUUCUCCUUAGGAUCAACAGAUGUUCCCCCAUCAGUUGUUUCUGGUCCAUCAACCCAGUCAGUCUUUGAGGGAACCAAUGUGCAAUUCUCUUGCAAAGUGAACGGCAUCCCAAAACCAUCUGUUGCUUGGUUUAGACACAAUGAUGUUGCCCCUCUCCAGAAUAGUUCAGCUACUGUGAUGACACAGUCGGGACAAACAUUUCGUCUGAGUAUCUUAAACAUCAGCCUUAAUGACCAAGGAAGAUUCAAAUGUGUUGCUAGUAGCAAGUUUGGAACACACUCAAAAGAAGCAGAACUUCUUGUUCAGAGUAAGCAUUUAAAUUGUGACCCUGAAAUGUUUGUAGAAAAGAAAUACUUACGUACAUUAGAAGCUACAGCCAGUUACAAUGGCGUGAUUCAGCUCUCCUGUUAUCAAAUUUGCAAGAAUUAAACAAUAUUAUUGCUUUGACUACUUUGAGUGGGUAGAGGGGGCUAAAUCUUCCUCCAAGGCAUAUAGAAACCUGCGGUGCCCAGCUUGAAGGUUUGCCCUAAACUGUGUAAGCAGCAAUGCGUUCAUUAGCAUGAGAUGCAUGGAUGCCCAUGAUCAAAAGAUGCAACAACUGGAGAGCUGUACCGUAUCAGACUGCUAAGGGAAAAACUCGCCAAAACAGUGAGGGUCAAAAUGUCUCAGUUGUGGCUGUUGAUUUCAAAGUAUUCAUAGUGAAGCAUUCUGCUUUAUAAGGAACCAACCUUUCCACCUGAUGAACACCAGCAAUAAGCAUUUAAAACUCCAGGAUCUAACCAGCAAUUUACCAGGGCUUGAAAAAACUUGAAUCCCGGCUUGUUCUUGGGGCAAGCAUUUCUCCCAUUUUGCUUGUCCAGGGCCACUUCUUGCUGUCUUAGUAAAUGAUUUUGUCAGAGGAUGAUUUGCUAGGACCCUUCCUUGCCCAUUGGGCAAGUGAGCUUAAAAGUACUUGCCCAGCAAGAAAAUCUAGUUGUCCCAGGCUACUGGAUGGGAAUUUUUUCAAGCCCUGCAAACAGCAUAUUAUUCAUGUACUUCCCCACAACAAAUAAUUAUUUUAACCCUUUUUUUUACAGACUCAACAAUGAAUUUACACAUGAUUUUUUUUUACAGAGGUCAUUAUUACUACCACACCUCCUCCUACUACAACACCCACUACUGAACCAACAAUUGCUCCUCUGGAUCUGGUGGCAACUGCUGCUACACACAACACAGUGUCCCUUGUGUGGAGUUCUGUCCCACUCACUGAUGCAUCAACUGUCAUUUACAUUGUGGAAUAUCAAAAGAGGGACAGCAAUGAGCAGUGGAGGGUGGCUGUGGAUUCACUCAAGGCUAAUAAGUACACAGUACGCCGCCUGGAACCGGACACAAGUUAUGUUUUCAGUGUUAAAGCAGUUGAUCAAAAUGGAGUUGUUUUGACUCAAAGCUCCCAAAAAGUGGUCAAGAAGACACACAAGAAGAUUGUGGUUGCAAUUGGUAAGUUAGGUCUUGCUUUCACUUUUGAUGCUGAGAAGAAUAGGCUGGUUAACUUUGGAAGCAAUAGCUCUGUCGGUAGAGCACUUGUGAGCAGAGCAGGAGGUCAUGAUUCAAUUACCAGGGUUUGGCUAAUACUCAGGGGCUUAAAAGAACUGAGAAGCAAGGAUACUUCCUUUGCAGUGCAAGCAGAUAGAUCUUCACGUGGCUCGGAUGACCACAUAAAAUGGCGGUCCCAUCUCCAGCUGGAGACCCAAAAAUACUGUCCCCAGUUAGAACUCCUGUAAAGUGCUUUUUUAAAAGUAAAAAACUGUCUCAAACUUCAUGACUUGUGGCAAUUCAAAAUACUCUUAAAAUCACCUUUGACACCCAGCUUGUACUUCUGUGUUGACUAAAGAAACCUUGGUUUUGUUGUUUUAGUAAAUAUGUGGAGCAUUCAUAACUGAGAAAAUAUCUGUUUUGUUUUUAGAUCCCACACCAUCAUUUUAUCCUGGUGGUAAUGUGAAGAUUGAUUUUUAUCCAGUUCCCGUUGGAUCAGACCGGAUUAAUAUUUCGUGGACUGUAAGUACUAAAAUGAUUUAGUAAAUUAUUGACUAAAAAUACACUCGUGGUGUGAAUUUUCUUCAAUUCCACAUAUUUUUCUUAUUAAUCGAUUGUUAAACUUCAUCACGGUGAAAAGUAAAACAUUUUUGUAUUCCAUCAACAUAACAGCACUUUCUUUAGAUUUUUCUGAUUGGUCAAAAUAGGGUUGUUAUCCUUCUUCAUGUUGCUUCAGUGCCCAAAAUGAAACUCUUGAUUGAUCCUGAACGUAUUUUGAUUUUCUAAAAUACUUCUAACACAAGUAUUCUGUGGAUUGUAAGUCUGGUGUGCUGGUCACUCAGUGAUGCUACGCCCCAGUUUAAGGCUAUGUUCACACGGUACUGGCCGAACAAAAAUUUGAUCAUUAAAAUCAAGGUCAAAUUUUUUACCAGUAUGGUGGAAAAUUUGAACGGCAAGAGGUUAACAUGGUGACCGUCUAAAUUUUUGUACAGCAAAUGCGUGGUUGCAUGGACACUUAAUUGGUUACUCACCUGGAAAAAGAGAGGAAAAUUGCAAGCAGAUAUUGCCAACAUGGGUUUACAAGUAAUGUUAUUACUCACUUUGCUUGGAAAUAUUACGGGUCGACAGUUCCGUGUGAACAGUGCAAAAAUUUGGAACGAUUCCAUGUGAACAAAGUGUCCAGUCCUAUUUUUCAACUGGUCGAAAAUUCGACUGGUACUGUGUAAACGUAGCUUAAGAAGAAAGAGAGAAGAAUUUUAACGUUGAAUGUUUUACUUUGGCAGCUCUCCAGACCAGUCAUCAUAUCAAGUGUGGUUGUUUUCUGGAAAAAGAGAGCCUCUCAUAAACUGAACUACAAUCGAACCUUUUUAUUUUCAACCUCAUCGUAUCUGCUAAGAGAACUUGAAGCCAAUACUACUUAUAAAAUCCAAGUCCAAGUGACAAGUGACAUUGAUUCUAUACCCAUCAGUGUUCCAGUAUUUGCUACAACGCAUGCAGAACGUGAGUAACGGAUAGAGUGCAACCUCAGGUUGCUUUAACCCUUUAAGUCCCAAUAGUGACCAACAUCAAUUUUCUCCUAACAAUAUCCAUAGAUUGUUAAGUACAACAUCUAUGAGAAUCAACCAAAUGAUCACAAAGAGAAAAAUCUCUGAUCUUUUAUCAAUUUCUCCCAACUAAUUCUGUAAGGAAAUGUAUAGAGAUCAGUAUGGAGAAUUUAUUUGUGGAUAUUGGGGCUUAAAGGGUUAACCCUUCAAGCUCCAGUAUCCAUAAACAAAUUCUCCAGUCUGAUCACAUGCAUUUCCUUAAAUAAUUAUUUGAGAUAAUUUGAUAAAAGAUCAAAGCAUUUUCCCUUGAAUGAUUAUUUUAUUUAUUCUCAUAUUCUUCCUUCUUGAUUGUAUGAUGGUAUUAUUAGGGAUAACUUGAUGCCGGUCACAGGGUUUAAGUCACUGAACUUUGACCCAUAUGGUUUAGCCAAAUUUCCUUCAAAAUUUUCUCGCCUUGGAAUUCAAUAAUUCAUUAUUGGUACCUGUAGAAGAUAUUUGAGCUUGGCUAGAGAUCUUUAUAAAGAAACAAAAGCUGAUUUAUUUUGGCCGUUUGGAAGGAAGUAAUGGCUUGGGAAAGAUCUUCUUGGCGGGAAAGAUGGAUGGGAAAAGAGAAAGAGGACGACCAAGAAGGCAGUUGGAAUGGGACGCACAGGAUGUUUUUGACAUGUCUCUAUGGCUUGCCAAAAACCCAAAUGAAUUCUUUGUUCUAGUGAUUGGCAACCCUGAUUGUGCUAUCUGGUUGAAAGUAAUUUUAGGCAAGGGUAGGGGGUGAAGGGCUCAGUAAAGAGAAGUGAGGCUCGAUAAAAAUUGAAAGCUUUCAUUAAGUUUAUAAGAGAUUUUUAAAUAUUAACCUUUCUGAAUAAAUCUGUUGCCACACAGCUGGUACUAUUCUGGGUGGUGGAAAAGGCCUCACUCCAGCAGCAGACAUGGUCCCUCCCAGUGGAGAGGUCAGUGUAGUGGAGGCUCGAGCAGAGACAGAAGGCACAUGGUAUAAGAUGAAACUGUUCAUGCGCCAGCCAUGGUUCAUUGCUACCAUGGGUGCAGUAGCUUGGAUCAUACUUCUGAUCAUUGUGGUGCUGUUGUACAGGCAAAGACGCAGCAAAAAGAAGGCAAAGUCUCCCGCAAAAGGUAAUCAAACCUAUAUUAUACCAAUAAUUCAUAUUUUGUAACAGCAUUUAUUUAUUUUUACAAUAGUUAUAUUUACUUAUUAUAUUGUAUAUAGCUGGUUCACUAAAGGUUGCUAUGGGCAUCGGCCAUUGGGCAAUAGGAAGCUAUUGUUUGGUGGUCAUCAGGCAAAUCUUUGCAUUGUUUGGUAUUCUCAAAUACCCAAUUGCCAAUUAUUUUUUGUGUAGUUGGUAAUUUUUUAUUUUUAGUUUUAUGAUUUUUACAAAGUUUAUUAAAACGUGUGAAAAAAGAGCACAAAAAAACAGCCGUUUCGAGGGUGCCCCCUCUUCCUCAUUGUUUUAAAGCAACUGAAAAAAGCACGCACAAUGUAACGUUUAAAUAAAAAUCAAAACAAAGACGAACGUUACAUGCGCACGCUGACUUUGAGAAGUUGAAAUAAAGUUGAAGUAAGCAUUCAGUCGGCCUGGUUGAAGUGUUUGGUGUCUGAGUAUCAUUCUGGCCUCAAAACUGCAGCUUUUGUUGGACUUCUGAAGCCAGAACGGAUCACCAAAGUAGUAAGUUAGUGUGAUAGUUCAAGCGAAGAGCCAUCCAGUUCAUUGUUAUUAUCAUCUCCAUCCUCAUCCUCAACAUCACUGUCGUCAUCAUCAUCAUCAUCAUCAUCAUCAUCAUCAUCAUCAUCAUCAUCAGUAGUAUUAUUUAAAAACGUUUUAGUCUUUUUUAGUCAAAACUCCUUCCCUCUGGGAAUGAAAGAGGAAAGUGUCAUAAGGUGGUUUUAACUUUUGAGACUGUGGACGAAAUCCUGUGGUGGUACCAUUCAAGUGAAUCCUCUUCAGCAGUACUUUCACAUGGUACUAUUUAUUUACAGUGGACCCUCGAUUUAUCGAAGUGCCAAGGGACUGAGGAAAUUUGUUCGUUAUAUCGAGGGUUUGUUACAUCGAAAACCUGUCUGAAAUUUGGGAUUUUUGUUGAAUGUGACUCUGACGUCUUUUGAGAAUUAAAGGGUUAACCAUAGUUAGUAGAGGCAACUGAAUGUGAGCAAGUGGGAAGAAUCAAAGAUAAAAACAACAGUGUUGUUAUGUUGGGAGUUCCCUGACCUUGCCCAAUCUUUUUGUUGUUGUUUUUGUUGUUCUUUCCUUGUGAUGGAAUGAAUUAAAGAGACGUUUCUGUUGGUCAGCAAAACGCACAGAUUCCCGCAAGUUCUAAAGAAUUUUUGCCUUUUCUUUCCAGUCUUUGUACCAGUAGAAAACGUACCUCGAAGUCCUACGUAAGUACUGUUUUAGUUUUGUGUUAUUCAUAGCUUCCACCGUUUUGCUUGAUUCAAAGUUUUUCCUUACUAUAAAGAAACCACCAAGAGUUCAGUAUCAAUUUAGUUAAUUUUAGCGCCAAACAGUUUGGCGUAAAACUGUCUGAAUUGGGUAGUAAUAAACUGUUCUCGAAACUGUGGAAGAACACUGCUAAUUUUAACCGAAAAGGCAAAACUGCCAUACUAAAACAGACUGCGUUUAGAUUAUCUACAAAACCACCAGCCUGGCUUUUUUCAACGUUUUCGCAAUUUUUGUGAAAGUGUUAUGUGAUCGUGAUUUGACAUGAAAGACGUUGUCAAUCGUUCAUCUUUUUCUGUAUCCCGGGUACCAGAGUUUUUUUCUCGCNCGAAAAGGCAAAACUGCCAUACUAAAACAGACUGCGUUUAGAUUAUCUACAAAACCACCAGCCUGGCUUUUUUCAACGUUUUCGCAAUUUUUGUGAAAGUGUUAUGUGAUCGUGAUUUGACAUGAAAGACGUUGUCAAUCGUUCAUCUUUUUCUGUAUCCCGGGUACCAGAGUUUUUUUCUCGCUUGCGGGUUGAUGCUUAGGUGUCAGCCGCAGGCCGACAGAUCUUCGGCCUAAGGACGAAGUCGCGAGCGGCUUGACCGAAACCGGAAACCGCGCUUGAAAAGUCUCUGUCACCCAGUGUACUUUUUGUGAAAAUAAGCAAAACUAUCAAAUUGAAAUACCGUAUUUUCCCUUAACCCUCAGGUUGCUAUUACGCAUUCGCAGCACGCAUGUACACAGCAUAAGUUUGCACGCGCGUGUUGGACCGUCUAUCACUUUUUAUCUGAUAACGCGCGUUUGGACCUUCUGUCCAAGAAAUUAUGCCCCGAGAAAUUGCACAAAGCACAGCGUCGGAGCAAGGACGUGAUCUUGCUCUCUAUUCCUAACCUUUGGCUAUUACCAGUUUUCAAUUCUUAUUGUUUGUGGGUAUUUACAGAACACGCACGUCCAAGUUUCUUUGGAUGGAGGAGCGUAAUUCAGACAUUCCUCAGCAGCUGAGUAACAACCAUUCCAGUAACAGCUCCGUUUCUGACUGCACGAGACCUGUGGCAAACUGCUGUGGUGGCGGCGGCGGAGGUGGCAGGAGUGUCUCCUGCUCAAACGGCAGCCUUGAUUUCUCCAAUAAAGUUACUAUGAAUCAUUUAUCAGGUACGUAAGCUAAUAUAUAGAUUUAGCCAAGGCCAAAAGCGGAGCUCACGUGGGAACUUUAAAGGAUUUUUUUUCUGUGCCUGCGAUCACUUGAAUACCAUAACUGGUCAGCGGAGAACCUUAAAAAAACACGUUACCUCAAUGAUUUUUGCACCUGAGCCCACGAUAUAAUCAUAUACCCUAUUUUGACAGCUGUCAAUUGAUUAUUACAUGGAUGUCCAAUGUCAAGUUAAACAUAAUUUGUAUAUGCCUUGGACUUUCAAGUUAGUAAGACAUUUCACAUCCGCUAACAUGGACAGGGGGGAAGGAAGUACGGAUGGACGAUUUUGCCAGAACCCAAAUUUCUGGAUAACCAAAUUUUCUUACCCAUGGUGCUUUACUGCGCGCUUGGCGCGCGCGCGAGAGCUCCGCUAAUAAUAAUCAACACAAGAAAGAGUGUUUUGUCGGGAUAUCAAACACUGAGAAAUGGUUUGACCCUUUCACCGAUUCGUACUGGAAAAACAGGAUGCAGCCGACAGCAAUUCCCGGGGAUUUGCAUUUUUUUCUCUCGGUUAUCAGAUUGUUAACACAUUGUAUCCAUAAAUCCAUUAGGUCUUGUUGUUCAUAGGUCUCAAGGUUUAUAGGUCUCGUCUCGAUGGUAUUUCUUGUUGUUACGGAAACCCUUGUUGUUUCGCUUUUGUGUUGUGGUGUGGGUAUUGUUUAGUGUCUUUUUAACCUUUUUUAAUCUUCUCGUCGUUUCGUCGUUUUUGCUGUUCCAAGUGAGUGAGGUUUUUUUAGUGUGAGGACUUUUGCUUUGGUUUGAAAAGCGCUCUAACGCUGUGAUUCUCUUUGUCUUACUAGGAAGCAAUAACCGUAUAGAAGCAAACAAUUAUAUGGAGCAAAGCAAGCCUAACAACUUACCAAACUCACUGAAUCGCUACAACGAGCACGUGAACAAGAGCAACAAGUUUCCAGAUUCCCCGGCAAGCUGUAAGUAAAUGAACGUAAUACGUUAAGCUAGUAUCCAAACCGUUUGUGUAGGUAGGAGUACAGAGCGUAUCGUUGUGUUUUGUAAUAGAAAAGGAACAGUCCACUCAAGUUUCUCUAGUGCCAACCGCUUGUUACAAGGAAUCCGCUCCGACGAAAAGCUAGAACUUGAAAUUUCAGCAUUGGGCGGUGCGAUAGUGUUGCGUGAUGACACAAAAAACGGCUGUGUUGGGGUCCAAGCGCGCAUGACAAACGCUGCUCCGCGUGUCACCUUCCUCGGGGUAGCAAUUUUCACGCGCUUGGGUAUUUCUCUUACGCAACUAUCCCUGAGGAAAUGAAGUACUACUCGUAGUCUAUCGCAGGCUUGUUACGUUCACACGCAUUUGUUAACUCAUUUUGUUUCUUUUAUAGCGUGUGGGACACCAAAUGGAUCUAGAGGCGCCUCUGAUAGCACUCUUCCAAUGAGUAUUCCUAGAGAGAGACUUCGUUACUACGACUACACACUCGAUGGCGGCCCCAACAGAACCAAGUCCAGGAGAAGGGACCCUAAUCAGACACCGAGUGAUACCAGUGAUACGGAGAAAACUAAACCCAAGCUGAAGAUCCAGUCGUUCGAGAUGGCCGGAAACUUGCACAAUACGAGUACAUUCCACUCGGAGCCUCCACCAACAUACGAGGCUGUGCUGAAAGAGACCGAGAUGGAGAUGAAGAAAUACCCAGUUGGUGGUGCCAAGAGCACGGACGACGAUAAGGAACAUGUUGAAGGAGAGAAAGAGUUAGAGGAUGUUGCCAAGGAGACGGGCAAAACCGAUUCACCUGAGACGGUUGCUUUGGAAAGGCCCUCCAGCCCAGGAAGUGAACGAAGUUGUAAAACAUCAACAAGUUGUGGGUCACUUUCAAGGAAGAGAAAGGCUCUAAAACCACCUCCUCGGCUGGCUAUUUUCAACUGGGCAGAUCUUCUACCUCCCCCGCCGGUGGAGCCACCGCCCAGCAGCUUGGGUUCCCCUCCCCCCUCUCCGCCUUUCAGUGAACGAAGUGCUAUGACGGGAAUGACUGGAAGAACUGGAAUGAGUGGCAUGAGUGGAAUGACUGGUAUGAGCGGUAUGACAGGAAUGUCCGGAAUGACUGGAAUGAGCGGAAUGACAGGUCAAAGUGGAUUAACCGGCAAAAGUGGAUUCACAGAACCCAUGAGCACCAACUCUCCAAGUCGGCGUCGUAAAAAGAGAGAUGGUGCGACCAACGACGGAGAACUGGAAUCUAUGGCGAGCAAGUCGGAAAAAUCGAAAAAAUCUCGGUCGAAGCCCAAGCCAAUUCCGAUAGAUCUCGAGGGCAUCACGAGCGACAUCAUUAUGCAAUGGGCUGAGUCCGUAACGAACACGAGUGGAUCCGAAGAUGAUUCGUCGGCAUCCAGCCCGAGCCGAAUUAGCGGAAUCAGCAGCGACGGUUCAUUCUUCACAGAUGCGGACUUUGCACACGCCGUGCGCGUUGCCGCCGAAUGCGGCGGAUUUAAUACGGAUGCGUAUGGACUAAUGGACUCCCUCGGGAUACCUCCCCCGUAUGCUGCGGCCCCCGGCUGGAAACGAAGCAAUUCUUUUUCCAACGAUAAUGAGGCUACCGUAGGAACGGCGGCCAUGUAUGGACCGCGUCCUCUCAGAAAGAGAUGGGAGACAGGGAGCGAAGGUGACCUUGAGUACACUCCGCCUAAUCGUGUACGUCCGAGGUUAAGACGCGAUAACGAAAAAGGACCCAAUGAUACAGGUCCAAAUCCCAUGCGGACUCCCAGAGGGGCCCCGGGAGAGCUUGUAAGACAUGCACCCGGUAUGCGCGCUCCCGUACCUAUUGUCCCUUCACAGCCAAGAAGACCGCUUCAUAGGGCGGCCCGACCAGGAGAACCCCCGGGGCAAAUAAACCCUGGGAUUCUUGUCCAGCCGUUGAAGAAGACAACGACGAUAAGCGGAGCGGAGCCACGAGAGCCAAUUAAAAAGAAGUACGCUAUAGUAAAGAAGAUCCCACAGAGCCAGGAAACUGAAAAAGUGGUGGGCUAUAACAGCGCAAGCAUGAGCUCGAGCAAAUCAAGCGCCAGCACCAGUACAGCAAGUACAGUAAAGAGCAGUUCUUAUGCUCCGUCAGCGCGAGGAGACUCCGAGGCAGAUGAGGUGAGC